GGUUACGUUCAUCCGAAAUCGCAUAUGCGCCAUCCGCACACGUCGAGCGCCCACCGGCGCUCGAUUCGAGCUGACAUCCGGACGAACCUGAGCGACGACGUCGACGAGGCGGCCUCCAACGCGCGCGUCUACGCCAAGCAGGGGGACCAGCUGAUGCUGGAGUGCGCCGUCAACAUCAACUUCAGCACCAGCAUUUGGCUCAAAGACGGCCAGAUCGUGCAGACGAUCCUCAAGGACAACACCAACAACAAGCGCGUGAUAGGCCAUAGAUUUUUAGUGGACGUUAGUGGUAAUUUGUUGAUCGAUAACGUGAGGUUGGAGGACGACGGGCGGUGGCAGUGCGAGGCCGAGGACGCGUUCGGAUUCGUCGUGCAAGGGCGGCCCGUUCAACUGACAAUAUUGGAUGCACCGAAGAAGGCCUACUUAAUGAUCGACAACCGUAUACUCGAUCCCGGCAAUCCCUUUAUUCCCGUAAAGGAGAACUCCGAUUUGACGGUGUCCUGCGUAGUGGACGAGGGAAAUCCGAAACCCCAGCUCUCCUGGGAGCUCACUUUGGGCUCGUCGGCGCUACUGGAGAUUCCCGAAGUACCGCUGGAAGUGCUGAAUCUCACCGAGACGAUUCGCGACCAAAAAAUCGGCGCCAGGACAGAUGCUAGACUAGGACGAGUUCUAAGAGGACAUCACAACGCUACUUUGACUUGUUUCGUUAGGCACAUUGCUUUGGAUAAACCCCUUAACGCCUCCGUUUUGCUGAAUGUACAAUAUACGCCAUCGUUUGCGAUAUCCAGAGAGCCGGGAUUCGGGUUUCCCAUUCGGGAAGGAAUGCCGGUUUCGCUGAAAUGCGACGUCGACGCCAAUCCGAAGGCACUACCCAUUUGGCAGAAGGACGAUGGUACCCCUCCGGUACAGCAAACCCCCGACGGGGUUCUGAAUUUCACCGAAAUUAGAAGAGAACACAGCGGAUGGUACAAAUGCAUCGCGAGACAUCGGCUGGGUCGAUUCUCCAGCAUCGGUUAUUUCCUGAACGUUCGAUACGACACGGAUGUUACCCAGGAGCCGGACUUCGACGUCGGGGAGCUCAGUUCCACGGGGAAGCAAUUAGAAGUUUCCCUAGGAGGAGCCGUCCAGCUAGCCUGUCCUCCAGGUACUUCUGGUUGUUGGACGAGGGUGGAACCGGCGACUGGUAUGCUGGAGCCCUUGGGUGCUUCGCAGGAGCUAAGACUGGACAGUGUUAUUUACCAGGAGGGCGGCGAGUACCGGUGUGUGGCGCCCACUAAGGAGGCGACGAAGAGACUGGAUACCUUGAGGAACGCGAUGUCGAUCCAAGUCGUCGUUACGGGUCAACCAACGGUGGCGCCUACGAAUAAAAGUAUUACAGCUUUGUUUGGGCAGCCGUUAACGAUGACCAUGGAAUUUUGUGCCAAUCCCCCCUACACGAAAGCCUUAUGGAUAGCCAAAGACGUCAAACUGUAUAAACCUGGAGACGGUGAUAGUACUAUUAUGGCCUACGGUAUAACUAAUUUAUCUCAACCAAAUUGCCAUCAAGCCGUGCUGUUUUUGACGAAGGUGACGAGCACGGAUAUUGGCGAAUAUAAUUUCAUAGUGAAAUCUCCGAAUGGUAUAGCGGAGGGUAGUUUCCACGUGAAUAUGACGUACGCUAGUGGAUAUAACGUCCAGUUAGAGGAUGUAAUAGUGGAAGGAAGCAACGAUUCCUCCGGCCGGAUUUUUACAUCGUUCCCAAUACAUGUGAUUGUUCUAUUGAUACAUAUAAUUGUUGUUAACGACUGA